CAGUGGAAGCUGCACGGAUAUUUGAUGCUAACUUUCAUGAUAGAAGCACUGACGAAAAGGAACUCAGAAACCACUGUAAGCAUGAAUAAUUUCUAACUUGUAGUCUCAUACUCUUAUGUCGAUUUGUACAUGAAGUGCUUUUAAUAGUGGAAAUUUGAUAUGGUUAGUGCUCUAGAGCAACAAGCACUACGCAUCUAGAGUUCUAACAAACUUAGGUUACUGCUGAAGUAUAUAGACUGCCCACCUUUGCUAAAAAGAUGAGCUUUCGAAUAAACUAAUUGUUUCAUGGGGAAACAUGCUAUCGAGAGUCACGGUAAACCUCAUGGUUUCUUUCACGAAUCCAAAGAUGUGACGCAUGAUGAUCAGGAUCUCUUUAUGCCUUCAUUCAAAUGACAAAAGCAUUGUGUCUGCUGACUUUUGUUUGACCUGUCAUUUGGCGCUAUGAACAUUGGUCUAGGACAGUGGGACUAGAUAGUAUUUUUUUUCUACCCCUGAUAUUUUAGUUGUUUGAAGACAGUCAAAGUCUCUGGUAGUGGAGGACUAGUGUUGGAAGGUUUUCUUGUCUGUUCAACGAACAAUCAUCCGCGUGAAGGCUGAAACAUCAUGUGUUGUGGCCAGAAGAGCACAUAUUCAAUGAUUCUGGGGGCAAAUGGAAAAGUAGUCACUUAGUUCGCCGAAUUCCUGACUGACCAACCCAAUUCUUGCGUUUGCAGUAUCAUACUACUUGCCUGCUUGGUAAAACCAGUGUUGAGUAGCGAAAGGGCGAAAGGAAACUGCUAGCCUGCUACUAGAUAACUAAUGAAUUUGGGUUGAAGUCGUGGAGACCAACACCACACCUAACCUAAUAAUAGCCGAUUGGAUGGAAGAAUGGAAGGACUGGUAGGUAGGAGGAGGAUGCCAUGGGGAGUUUGGAGCUUUAUGCAGGCAUAUAAGGGGCAUGUAGGUAGGAGGAAACAAAGAGGGAGUUGGGAGAGAGGAGUCAUGGAUAAGUGCUGUUCAUGCUCGUUGCCAUGUGGUGUGGGGGCUGGCUAAUUGGCCUUGGCCACGCCUCCCUGGAAGAUAUAACAGCAAAAGGGCGGCCUAGACCUACCUCUUUCCUUACCUUCUUCUUUCCCUCCCCCCCCCUAAGGUAGAGCUACUGCACAUAACCAGACACCACUCCUCAACCAGACAACUAAGAACUAUUUCCCUACCUUCCUCUUGCCGGCAUUCAUGCUUUCUAGAAGUAAUGCCUACAAUUUAACAACUAAAGGGCCAUGGUUUAAGUGUUUUGUUUAGGGAAUAGGGAUUGCACUCUUUUUGCCAGUCAGAGUCUGAUUAUGGUACAACAGAGAUGGUUUACUUGAUUAGUUUGAUGCACCAAAAGAAUAGCUAUUUGAGUGUAUUAAAUCUGUGUGUAAUAAAAUGGUAGGAUGCCAAACUUGAUUUAUGGCCAACUAGCUUAUUUCUAGUUAGAAACCGUAACGAGGACUAGUCAUUGAUAGCUAUGCAAUAAAGCAGUUUGGUGUCUGAUAAUCUGACUUUCUGGUUUGCAUUGCAUGGUAGGCAAAUUGGUACAUGCACCAGUUCUGCUCUGUUGAGAUGCAGCUAUUUUCAAAAGAAUCCUAUUAUUAUAGAUUUAGCUUCAGCCUUGUGCUGAAAAGUGAUACAAACCAUCCCCUAACAUGUCGGCUUGAAAAUAAUAGAGAUUUGGAGUUAGAUCUGGAGGUGUAAUCACCCAAUUCUCGCAGCAAAGGAAUUAUGGGGGCAAUACAGGAAGCAUGGACAUUUCAAGUAGAGGACCAUUGUGGAGUGUGAAGUCCCAAUCAUUCUGGCCCCAACUGAAGCAAAUGGUUUGGGAUAUUUCCCUCUCCUUGCACCCAACCAACUACGGUCCAUAGUUUGGUAACCAUCCAAAAGAAUAUAUUAGGUAGGCAAAUAUUAUGUAAGCCCGUCUGGAUUUCAUCAUGGACAUGUAAGUUGCUCCUAACAUGGAACAAUUAAUGGUCCACCUCAGCAAGUCAUAGUUUCAUCUGCAUCCUCAGAAUGUUAUGCCCACAGCCUUCAUUACCGCGGAGGAUGAAUCCUAAUCUGUAGAAAAUUCAGCAUAUUCAUACUAAUCUCCGUUCUCCAUGAGCAAACGGCAAAGCACAUGUUGCGGAAGUCGAAUAAGUCCUGAUCACAAUUGAUGGUGUCCUUAUUAAGCAUCACUGAUAACGUUAUCUUUUGCCAUGUGGAUUAGCGUAUACUCUAUUGCCAUGUGGAUUAGCAUAUAUAAAUACGAUUUCCAGGAGAUCUGGCUUGCUACAGAAAGAAAUAGGAAGCAGUUGCAGGACUAGCAAGUUUGGUGAAUCUUUUUAAUUUAGGGUUGACCAAGCAGCUCAACUAACCAAUACUAAUACUAGAGUACAAAACAGAAAUGCUGCAUAUGAAAGUAGUUUCAUCGGACUAUCGGCAAUUGGCAAAAACCAUGAUUGUGCAAGCAGACCAUACUAGUAGGCAAAAACAAAGAAAAAAGACGGUGGGUGGGCAAAAGAAAAUCCGUUUGAGCAGCGUCGGAUACCUGUUCCGCCUCAUCCUGUUUUAUUAUUGAAGAAUAAACAAGGAAAAGGGGUGUAUGAUGAGGGGGCUUCCUUUUGUUAAUACCUCAUCCAGUUUGCAUUAUGCACAUUGGCUUGUUAAAUGGAGAAAUGGUAAGAUGAUUGGGGCUCGUGAGAUCAGGGCUGUUUUUUUUUAAGUAUACAUGAAUGAUCCGUCUACAACUAAUACUCUGUCCUAGUAUACAAUACAGAUCAUCUCCAUGUCGACAUGAUUGUGUUGGAGAAUCAAAACAGCCCCCGUAGUCCAUAGACGACAUCAUGUAGGACACACGAAUUGCACUGCCCCUGGGUCACAACUGACAGGAGAGGUCCUAGAAAAUGGCUCGGGGAAUAGUCUCCAACGUGGCACAUAUUCUUCAUCUAAAUAAAAUUCUUGGCAGACAAAUUAUCAUUGAGUUUGUGUCUUACAGAAAGAUUGAGGUUCUAUAUCCGAUCUCGGCGAUCGUCGAUGCGGAUAAUUUACUUGUAGACUGAACGGGUUCGACACCCUGGCCCUGGAUUGAAUGGGUUAUUUGCUUGUGUUGCACGAGUAGUUUUUAGGCAGGGAGGGCAGCAUCAAGGGAAAGAGAGUGGGAGGGAGGGGAAAUUGGGUGGACCUAAUAAUCCCCCACAAACAACUUAGGAAGAGGGAGGCAUCACGGGUGGAUGCGGUUAGUUAGCUGUUAAAACCGAAGGCGCCAAGAGGGUAGGCAGGGGGAGCUACCUCACUUUACACCUACCUGUGAGGCUUGUGAAUCGGGCAAGUAGGCAGGCAAAUGGAGCCUGUGUGUCCUGUGCCCUGUGGCUGGCUGUGUCGUUGUUGCCUUUCUAUCCUCCUCUUUGUGUGUGUGUGUGUGUGUGUAAUAAACUGGUAAACAAACCGGUGGGGUGCUGAGUUGAGGUGAGGUCAUGACCUGUGGGAGAGGGAGGGGGAGGCCUACCAGUGCCCGUACCAGCCUAACCUUUUUCCCACCAACUCAGCCUCUAGAAGACCUUCUUCCCCGAUCCAGUGCCAGUCAAGUGCAGUGCCGCCUAUAAAGAUCCAGCCUCCGGGUCACCCACCCCUCCCCGUAGCACUAGCCCCCAACAACAACAACAGCACCAACUUCCACUCCUGCAAACCCGACCCAACCCAACCCAACCCACCACCGAGCACAAGAAAAGGAGAGUCAUCGGCGGCGGCAGACCAUCUACAGAGAUAGUGAGAUGGGGAGGUCGCCGUGCUGCGAGAAGGCGCACACCAACAAGGGCGCCUGGACCAAGGAGGAGGACGACCGGCUCACCGCCUACAUCAAGGCGCACGGCGAGGGCUGCUGGCGCUCCCUGCCCAAGGCCGCGGGGUUGCUCCGCUGCGGCAAGAGCUGCCGCCUCCGCUGGAUCAACUACCUCCGCCCCGACCUCAAGCGCGGCAACUUCAGCGAUGAGGAGGACGAGCUCAUCAUCAAGCUCCACAGCCUCCUGGGCAACAAAUGGUCUCUGAUAGCCGGGAGACUCCCAGGGAGGACGGACAACGAGAUCAAGAACUACUGGAACACGCACAUCAGGAGGAAGCUCACGAGCCGGGGGAUCGACCCGGUGACCCACCGCGCGAUCAACAGCGACCACGCCGCGUCCAACAUCACCAUAUCCUUCGAGACGGCGCAGAGGGACGACAAGGGCGCCGUGUUCCGGCGAGGCGCCGAGCCCACCAAGGUAGCGGCAGCGGCAGCGGCGAUCACCCACGUGGACCACCAUCACCAUCACCGUAGCAACCCCCAGAUGGACUGGGGCCAGGGGAAGCCACUCAAGUGCCCGGACCUGAACCUGGACCUGUGCAUCAGCCCCCCGUCCCACGAGGACCCCAUGGUGGACACCAAGCCCGUGGUGAAGAGGGAGGCCGGCGUCGGCGUCGGCGUCGUGGGCCUGUGCUUCAGCUGCAGCAUGGGGCUCCCCAGGAGCGUGGAGUGCAAGUGCAGCAGCUUCAUGGGGCUCCGGACCGCCAUGCUCGACUUCAGAAGCAUCGAGAUGAAAUGAGCAGAGCAGAGCAGAGCACCCCCUCCCUCCUCUCUCCUGUGACUUGGAUAUUGGUUUAGCCUGUAGGUGAAAAUACAGCGAGUGAAAGAGAUGCAAGAAGAAAGAGCGAUGAUCUUGUGGUGCCCUGUUUCGCCAGGAUCAUCUCCUUUCCUUCUUUAUGCCCUCUCGUUGCUCCAUUUUGUUUGUCCGGUUGUAAAAAAAAAAAUUACCGUUUGACUAAUCAUGGGCAAUAAUACUCUGGUGCUGGGUGGCUCACUGUAUAAA